AUGGCAGCACGGCCUGGAGAAGAACUUGUGGCAACACUCUUCGCCGAUUUACAUUAUUACUAUGGCUCUCCUACAGCCAAACCUCCACAUCAUCGAUUCGAUAAGGGUUCAUACGUUUACCUGUUUGAAAACGCUUCGCAGAGAAGGGCACGGAUAGAGGUUGCAAAUAAUGCUGGGACACCGGAACAAGAUGCUUUUAAUGGACAUCUCGACGGCGCACACGUUCAAUACUCGUAUAAGCAUUGCACUUUAAUCACAUUGACUGUUGAUGGCCCAAGUCAAACCUAUGCCCAUGCUCCAGCCGAUAGCCAAGAAUGGCACCUCCCCACAUUCGAUCCAAAGAACGAUAGGAAAUAUAUGUAUAAACUUCAUACUGUGGAUAUAUAUUUCUGGACAAAGGAGGAUGCUCUCCAAUUUUUAAACGGGGUUCGGAGGGUUCUACCUCAGCAGCAAGUAGCAGUUCUGGAUGAACCCGUUGCCCCUCCCCCACACCAGAACGAAAUGAGCCCAGUGGUACAGCAGUUGGAGAAUGUGGCCAUCACAGAUCCAUCGUACCAACAAGGUCGUACGAGAGAUUCUCGAACUGCGGCCCCCACAUCUUUCCCCGGACCUCCAAUCUCGGCUACCCCACAAAGCCAAGAAGCCUCCAACUUUGCCCCAAUGGCAUAUAACCCCGCAGCUCCAGCAGCCCCUGAAGUUAUUCAACACCGGGUCAAGACACCACCUCCAGAAGAUGGAGCCGGAAACCCUCUCGUAGCAGCCGCGACUUCAGACCAGGGCCAGACCUAUGGCGUUCCAUUUCAAAAUCCCGGAGGCUUCUCCGGUCCACCACAAGCCGCAUCACAACAAAGCUAUUUCCCAGGCCCGCCAGCAGCAAGCGCGCCUCCUCCCUCAGUGGGGUUACAAUCACCAUACAGUCAGCCUCUUCCAUCAGCAGGUCUACAAUCACAAUUCGGCCAGCCUCUACCAUCAGCAGGUUUGCAAUCACAAUUCAGCCAAGCGCCUCCCUCAGCAGGUCUCCAAUCACCCUACGCGCACUCCUUCGCGCCACCACCCGCCGCACCAAAACCCACACCCCCAUACUCCCACUCCCCCGCAUCUAGGAUCCCCUCACCUCCCGCCUCCCUGCCUCCACCCCCCGGGCCGCCAGCAUACCAAGCACAGCCAGCCUCCCCCCCAGUAACCCAAUACGCAAACUAUCCUGGAUCCCCGGGUCUUCCACCAGGGAUGUCAACACCAGGUCUCUACUCCCCCGGCCAACCCUACACACCCAGCGCGCCACCCCCACCAGGCGGUUUCUCGCAAUUUAACUAUAAUCCGAGUCUGAGCCAUACAGUGCCCCUAGGCGGUGAUUACAGUAUUCAUCAGCAAGUCUACCGACCGACGGAGGGCGAGGCGAUCGGGAAGGUGAAGCCGAGUAAGCCUGCGAGGGGGAAGUUGGAGGAGCGCGCAGGGCAGUUGGAGAAGGGUGUAGGGGGGUUCUUGAAGAAGUUGGAGAAGAGGAUUGGCUGA